GGGACUCCGCGGGUUUCUGGAAGUUUCUCCUGGCCGGUUGGACUCUGCCGAGCUCAGAACCAGAUCAGGCUGCCUGCAUGGCGGCUUCACUGGAUCAGAGUCUUGGUUUGUUAGACAACAAAGUUCGACUGUGAUGGCCCACCUUAGUCUGAUUUGCGCCACCAUCCUUACUUUUAUAAGGAAACGUGCUCCUGAUGAAGAAGGUUCCUCCUCCUCACUUCACUGUUUCCUCACAAACACAGCAGCAGGUUGCCUCAAAAGGUAAAGAGGAGCUGCCAUGUUGGCCUCCUCCAUCCCCCCAUCUCUCCUCCUCCUCUUCCUCCUUCUCCUCCCCCCUCCCGCCCUCCCUGCUGACAUCACAGCGACCUUCAACCCCUCGGUGAGGAGUGUGGACCUGCAGGGGGCGCCCCUCUCCCACCUGGUGAUGAGCCCAGGGGCGGGGCAUCUGUACGUGGGCGGGGUCGACCACCUGUAUCAGCUGACCUCUGACCUGGCUGUGUUGUCGCACGUGAGAACCGGGCCUCACCUGGACUCCCCUGACUGCCUCCCUCCCAUCAACGCCCAGGACUGCCCCUCGGCCACACCCACUCACAACCACAACAAGCUGCUGCUCAUGGAGGCGGGACCGGGGGCGGAGCCAGGGAGCCUUAUUGUCUGUGGUUCACUUUAUCAGGGAAUCUGUGACAAGAGGAGUCUGUCUAACAUCUCUCAGCUCAUCUACACGACCUCUAACCCCGUCGACACGCAGUACGUCGCUGCUAACGACCCCCGAGUCUCUACUGUCGCCGUGGUGAUAACCACAGAGAACAAACAAGAAGGGGGCGGGACAGGCGGUGCCCUGCGUCUGAUGCUGGUUGGUCGAGGCUACACCAGCAAAGGUCCAGGCGACAUCCCACCAAUCACAACGCGCCGUCUCUAUCCUGUGGUCCCGCCUCGCCGAGCGUUCUCCCAGGAGGAGGAGCUCGGUAAACUCGUCGUAGGGAGCUACUCUGAGUACAACAACCACUUUGUGAAGGCCGUCACCCAUGGCAACCAUGUGUACUUCCUGUUUUCUCGACGGGACAUGUGGCACAGGAAGGAAUAUCGGACGUACGCGUCACGCCUCUGCACCGCCGACCGCAGCUUCUACUCGUACGUGGAGGUGCCGCUGCUCUGCCAGGGAGGUUACAACCUGGCUCAGGGGGCGUGGCUAGGAAACCACUCAGGCGAGCCCGCCCUGUUUGUAGUCAUGGCAGCCGGUCAGGCAUCUACACCUGUAGCCACAGGUCGCUCGGCGCUAUGCGUUUACAGGAUGUCGGAUCUGGACGCCAAGCUGAGGAGAGCUCAGGAGGUGUGUUACACCAACGCAGGACAGGGAGACAGCGGACAGGAGGAGGCGUACAUCGAGUACGCCGUGUCGUCAAAAUGUCUCAAACUGCCGAAGGACUCUGUCUUAGAAUACCCCUGUGGCGGCGAACACACCCCCAACCCCAUCGCCAGUGCUGUUCCACUCCCGGCCAUGCCCACUUUCACCUCCACCACCCAGCUGACUGCUGUCACCACAACAACAGAGGCAGGCCACACCAUCGCCUUCCUGGGAGAUAAAAAAGGACGACUGCACAAGGUGUUGGUGCGACCUGAUGGGUCAGGUGACCUGUACGGCAGCGUGACAGUGGACAGCGGUAACAGCGUCAGCGCUGAUCUCCUAUUGGACGAGAGCCAGAAGCAUGUUUAUGUUUUAACCAGCAGCAAGCUGUCCAAGGUUCCGGUGUCAUCCUGUGAGAGACAGACCGACUGUGAGUCCUGUCUGUCUCUCAGAGACCCGUACUGCGGCUGGUGUGUCCUGGAGGGAAGAUGUUCUCGUAAACACGCGUGUCGGCGUCACUCGCAGCCCAACCAUUGGCUGUGGAGCUUUGAACCAACCAAUCAGUGCGUGACAGUGACGAGCCUGCAGCCAGCCAAUCAGAGCAAAGACGAGCAGACUCAGGUAACGCUGUCCGUCAUCCAGCUGCCAGCCCUCACUGAGGCGGAGCCUCUGUCCUGUGUGUUCGGGCUCCUCCCACCAACACCUGCUCUCGUCAUGGGGACCAGCAUCACCUGUCAGUCACCUGACCCAGAGCUCCUCCCCCCAAUGUCAACAGGAAGCGAUCAUGUGAUCCUGCCAGUGUCUCUGAGGUUUGGUCAUGUGACCAUCACCACAGGAAAUAUGACCUUCUACGACUGUGGAGCUGUCAGCCGCCUCAACCAGAGCUCCCAGUGUUUGGCGUGCGUCAGCAGCGUGUGGAGCUGUAACUGGUGUCCACUGGAUCAAAUCUGCACACACAACCAGAGCUGCUUCAACCAGCACAUCAUCCUCAACCAGAGAGGUUCUCCCGGUCCAUCGUCCUGUCCUCUGGUCUUCGCUCUGCAGAGUUCUCCGUUGGUCCCGUUGGGUCAGAGCACCUCUGUGGUUCUUCAGGGAAGAAAUCUUCACCUGUUCACCGAUGAGGCCCAAUAUGUGUGCGUUGUAGAAGUUGAAGGAGUCCAGUUCAACCUGACGGCCACCGAAGAAAAAAGCAACGACAACACUCAAACCUUCACCUGCAGCUCACACCAGUUCCAGUUCUCUGUCAGUCAGCUGCAGUACUCGGCGCCGGUCUACCUGCGUAGAGGAGAGAGACGCAUCGAUACCGCACCUGGCCUCAGACUCAACCUAUAUGACUGCUCAGCCGGCCAAUCAGAUUGCUCACAGUGCCGGGCGGUUCCACCUGAGUAUGGCUGCGUGUGGUGUCCAGGAAGCUCUGCCCCCAGCUGUGUUUACAACCAGUCCUGUAGCAGCGUGCCUGCAGACACCUGUCCACCUCCUCUGAUCACACAGGUGUCCCCUCUGUCCGGUCCUCUGGAGGGCGGAGUCCUGGUGACCAUCACAGGCUCUAAUCUUGGGAUGAGUUACGAGGAUGUGGCGACCGGCGUCACGGUGGCGGGAGUUCAGUGUCGGCCUCUACCUGAAGGGUACCAGAUCUCCACAAGGGUAGUUUGUGAGCUUCAGCCAAGCGGGAGGCAGAGGGCGGGGCCUGUCCUGGUCACCGUGGGGGCAACGCCACCUGGGAAGUCCACACAGACCUUCACCUAUCAGGACCCCCAGCUGCUGGAUCUGGUUCCAGAUAAAGGUCCGGUCUCUGGAGGAACCAGACUGACCAUCAGAGGGCGCCAGCUGCUGACCGGAACCAGAACGGACCUGAGCGCCUUCCUGGGCCCUCAGCCCUGCUACAUAGUGGAGGAGGUCAAUGACACCCAGUUGGUGUGUCAGACUGGAUCCAUAAACCAGACAGGGGGCGUUCCAGUCCGGGUGUUCUUCGGUAAGGCAGAGAGAACCAUUCCGGGCGUUUCCUUCCGUUACCUGGACGACCCGAUCAUCACGGACGCCACACCUGCAGAGAGCUUCUACGCAGGUGGCCGUGUUGUCAUGGUGACAGGAAGGAACCUGGACGUGGUGCAGAAGCCAAUCAUAGCGGUGUGGGUGGAGCCUGUGGACGUCCAGAGGGUGAGACGGAAAAAACGAUUGGCUCUGCUGACGGCGAGGAAGCAGCUGGUGUUCAACAGCACCAUGACAAUGACGAUGGAGCACUGUACGGUGCUGUCAUCCACUCAGAUGACGUGUCUCAGCCCAACCGUGUACCCAGAGCUCCGAGUCAACGGGGUCUGGUUCCAGCUGGACAACGUCAGAGUCCACUUCGAGAGCAUCAAGGGUAAAAGGUUCACAUAUUAUCCCAACCCGGAGUUUUUCCCUCUGAACCGUGAAGCUCCAGACUCUCCUUAUCGUUUUAAACCUGGAGGAGUCAUCGCCGUAGAGGGUCAGGACCUGAUCAGAGCGAUCACCAGACAGGAAGUGACGGCUCGUCUGGGCGAUCAGGAGUGUGAGGUGAAGACUCUGGACAACACUCACCUUUACUGUGAACCUCCAGAGAACCAACCGCUGAGCGUGGACGACAACGAGCUGCCCAGCCUGAAGGUGUUCAUGGGGAACCUGCAGGUGGAUCUGGGGUUGGUUCAGUAUGACAGUGACUCUCUGAUCUCUCCCGUCCCAUUGGCUGCUCAGAUCAGUCUGGGGGCGGGAGCAGCUGUCAUCAUCCUGUCAGUGCUGGUGGUCAUCCUCAUGUACAGGAGGAAGAGUAAGCAGGCGCUCAGAGAUUAUAAGAAGGUUUUACUGCAGCUGGAAACCUUGGAGAUCAACGUGGGAGAUCAGUGCCGUAAAGAGUUCACAGAUCUGAUGACUGAGAUGAUGGACCUGAGCAGUGAUGUAGGCGGACCAGGACUACCUCUGCUGGACUACAGGAUGUACGCAGAGAGAGUCUUCUUCCCCGGCCAGCAGGUGGCGCCACUGAGCCGCCAGCUGGACCUGCCAGAAUCCAGGAGGCAGACUGUGGAGCAGGGCCUCCAGCAGCUCAACAACCUGCUCAACAACAGACUGUUCCUGACCCGGUUCAUCCACACUCUGGAGGCUCAGCAGGGAUUCUCUCAGAGGGAUCGGGGUUACGUGGCGAGUCUGCUCACCAUGGCUCUCCAUGACAAACUGGAGUACUUCACCGAGGUCAUGAAGAGUCUGCUGCAGGACCUGGUCCAACAAUACGUCGCCAAGAACCCCAAACUCAUGCUGCGCAGGACAGAGACGGUGGUAGAGAAGAUGCUGACCAACUGGAUGUCGAUCUGCCUCUACUCCUUCCUGAAGGAGGUGGCGGGGGAGCCGCUCUACAUGCUCUACAGAGCCAUAAAGUACCAGGUGGAUAAAGGACCGGUGGACGCCGUGACGGGAAAAGCCAAACGAACUCUAAACGACAGUCACCUGCUGAGAGAGGACAUCGACUACAGCUCCAUGACUCUGACGGUGCUGGUGAAGAAUGGAGUCGAGGUUCAGCCGUGUCCUGUUAAAGUGCUCGACACUGACACCAUCACACAGGUGAAGGAUAAGAUCCUGGACCAGGUGUACAGAGGAGCCCCGUUCUCUCAGAGACCAGCAGCCGACAGUCUGGACCUGGAGUGGCGUUCAGGUCAGGCAGGUCACCUGACCCUGUCGGACGAUGAUGUCACAGCAGUGGUUCAAGGUCGCUGGAAACGACUGAACACUCUGCAGCACUACAAGGUUCCAGACGGGGCCACGGUCGCUCUGAUUCCUCGGUCUCAGAGCUCAGGAGGAGUCGGAGUGAAUCAGGUGUUCCAGACGGGAGAGAAAACUCCGAUGCUGGAGGGCGAGGAGGAGGAGGGUCUGCGUCUGUGGCACCUGGUGAAGAGCAGCGAGGAUCCUGAAAUCCCCAAACACAGAAAGAGCAGCAUGAGGGAGAGAGAGAGAGCCAAGGCCAUACCUGAGAUUUACCUGACCAGACUGCUGUCCAUGAAGGGGACUCUGCAGAAGUUUGUGGACGAUGUUUUCGUGGCAAUCCUCAGUACCAAGCGUCCUCCUCCGAUCGCCGUCAGAUUCUUCUUCGACUUCCUGGACGACAUGGCGGACAAACAUGGCAUCGACGACCCCGAGACGGUCCACAUCUGGAAGACCAACAGUCUCCCUCUCAGGUUCUGGGUGAACAUCCUGAAGAAUCCUCAGUUCGUUUUGGACGUCCAGGUGACGGACAGCAUCGACGCCGUACUGUCUGUCAUUGCUCAGACCUUCAUUGACUCCUGCACCACCUCCGAGCACAAAGUGGGACGGGACUCUCCUGUGAACAAGCUGCUGUACGCCAGAGAGAUCCCACGAUACAAACAGCUGGUGGAGAGGUAUUACAGUGAUAUCCACAGUGCUGCUUCAGGAUGUUAUCAGGAGAUGAACUCCACUCUCACUGAGCUCUCUGGGAGUUUUGCCUCAGAGAUGAACAGUAUUGUGGCUCUACAUGAACUCUACAAAUACAUCAACAAAUAUUAUGAUCAGAUCAUCAUGUCUCUAGAGGAGGACAGCUCUGGUCAGAAGAUGCAGCUGGCGUAUCGUCUGCAGCAGGUCGCCGCCCUGGUGGAGAACAAGGUUACUGACCUCUGAUGGCCUCUAGUGACCUCUAAAGAAGCUUCCAGAGACUGAGACGGACUUCCUGUUCACAACACUGUCUUCCUGCUGAGUGUGUGAUUGUGUGAUCGUGUGUUUUGUAGUCAGACUCAGGAGAUUCCCUCUCUUACAGCAGUCGGUCUGAACCUGGACUCACCUGGACUCACCUGGACCGGUCUGUGGUGGAAACGACAAUCUGACCAAUCAGGGAGCAUCAUCACCACCUGCUGCCUUGCACUACAUUUCCCAGAGUUCCCUGCUGUCUGCGUGCAGCCUGAAAGCACAAUGUAAAAGUUUCUGAUCACACAAACCCACUUUAAUAAGGGAUGAUUAAUCACUAAUAACAGUUUAUUGACCACUGAUUAUUGAUCAUUGAUGACUGUUGAUUGACCUGCUGGAUGGAUUUUUAUUCUCCGUUUAAACACACAAACUGAAUCAGGGAGAUUUUAUCACGUUUUUACGUUGAUGCUAUCUGUAGCUAAAGCUAACCAGCUGAUGGUUUACUAUACAAACUCUGCUAACAUGCUAACUAGGCUCAUGAAACAAACAUUAUCACGAGCUAAAAUGCUAACUAUGCUCAUAAAGCAAAAAUAAUUUUAAAAAAUUAUGUUUUUUCUGUUUGUUCUGAAUGAACAAAGAGCUAACGAGCUAAGAAGCUAACGGGCUAAUGCUCAAACAAUCUGAGUUUAGCUGUGUGGUUGCGAGUGUGCGUGUUUGCAUUACUAACUUAUUGUGUGUACAUACUGUAAGUAUUAUUUAAUGUUUCCCGGCUGUGCCUUCUCUCUCUCGCAGCUAGGUGGCGCCGUCUUAGUGUUAAGACAGCAGUGUUACUGAUUAUGUGCCCCAGUGCAUUAUGGGAAGUCUAUUUAACUGAAUGUUGACUGUAUUUGGCGGGGGGGGGGGGACGCUGAGUCAUAGCGAACAUAAAAUAGCACAGUUAGCACAAGAGCUAGCCUGAAGCUAUGCUUGGUUGACAGAGCUGCGUAAUGAAUAUUAUUGUCUGUUUUUUUGUUUCCAUGACAACACUGAACUGUACAGUUUAAAUGCUAACUGUUUGAAAUGUCUUUUUAGCUUCUAUGCUAAAGGUUAUUUAGAAACAGCUAGCCUCACAGCUAAGCUAGGCGUUAUGAAGGGACGUUAUGCUGCUAACAGAAUGCUACAACAGCUAGCAUAGUAUCAGAUAUGUUGAAAAACAGUUGGCAUCAUAGCUAUCUAUUACGGUGGAGUAUUAGGGCCACAGAAAGAGAAAAAAAAUUUAAAAAUAAUGUUUUUUUUGACAUUAUGAGAAAAAAGUUGUAAUAUUAUGAGAAAAAAAUUGGAACAUUACGAGAAUAAAAUAUAACAUGAAAGAAAGUCUGCCGGGGCGCCACCUCCAUUAAAAUGAGCAAUGUUGAGCACCUUAAGAAGCUAUACUUUAGAAUCAGUUUAUAUAAGGAAUAAGGAAUACUUCAUCUUUUGGCACAUCAGCAUCAAAUUAUUAUCAGAAUCAGGGCAAUACUCUGUCGUAGAUCCGCAGCAACGCAGAUAUGACGGAAAGUCUUUCUUGUAAUGUUUUAUUCUCGUAAUAUUU